AGAAAAAAAGGAAAACAAGCUAAGGGAGAAGAGAGCCGUAAGAACUACAGAGUACUGCCGAUUGAAGAUAAAAUUUAUUAAUUACUCAGAGGAGGAGUUUAAGUUUAAGUUUCUAUUUUGAGAAUAUGACAUAACUUUUACUUCUAGUUUGCUCCUUCUCCCUAAAUAAAUUUGGGACAAUGGGCCUCUUAAAAAUUAAAGAAAAAUGAUUGUACCACCUAAUUUGGAGAAUCAGCUUUUUAUGCGCGAAUUCUAAUUCCUUUGAAGUUUCCGGACGGGUUCCCGACUAUGGCGACCAUCCUCGGAAAUCAGCUUCCGAUCACCGGACGCCUCUUCUUCACACUCAUCUGCAUCUUGACAGUGGGAAGCGAGUUGGAGAAGUCACAAGAGUACCCUUUAGUUGUAAGCACCUGGCCUUUCGUAGAAGCCGUUAGGUCUGCCUGGAAGGCAACUAAUAGUGGAUCAUCAGCUAUAGAUGCAGUGGUAGAAGGCUGUUCCACCUGUGAAGAACUACGGUGCGAUGGCACAGUUGGGCCUGGUGGAAGUCCGGACGAGAAUGGGGAAACCACCAUCGAUGCUAUGAUAAUGAAUGGGGUGACAAUGGAAGUUGGAGCUGUUGGUGCUAUGAGGUAUGUGAAAGAUGGAAUAAAAGCUGCAAGGCUUGUGAUGCAAUAUACUCAACACACUAUGCUUGUUGGGGAGAAAGCGUCGGACUUUGCCAUUUCUAUGGGUCUUCCCGGGCCAACAAACCUAAGCUCAGCGGAAUCAAUAGAAAAAUUGAUGAAAUGGAAAGGAAACAAUUGCCAACCUAAUUUUAGGAAAAAUGUUUCUCCUGUUGACGAAUGCAGUCCAUACCGUCCAAAGGGUUCUCUCUAUCAUGAUGAGGGAAUGUGCUCUACAAGGCAAAGUGAACUGAGGCCAUUUCCCAUAGACCGUAGCAACCAUGACACAAUAUCCAUGGCAGUUGUUGACAAGAAAGGGCGCAUCGCGGUGGGAACCUCAACUAAUGGGGCAACAUUCAAGAUCCCAGGAAGGAUUGGUGAUGGGCCCAUUGCUGGAUCUUCGGCAUACGCCGACUCUGAAAUUGGGGCUUGUGGUGCAACUGGGGAUGGUGACAUCAUGAUGCGCUUCCUUCCAUGCUAUCAAGUGGUGGAAAGCAUGAGGGUAGGAUUGGAACCCAAGCUUGCUGCCCAAGAUGCAAUAUUGCGGAUCGCGAGGAAAUACCCGGACUUCACGGGCGCGGUUUUUGCCCUCAACAAGAGCGGUUUUCAUGCGGGCGCGUGCUACGGAUGGACUUUUCAGUACUCUGUGAUGAAACCCGGAAUGGACGACGUUCAGGUUUUCACUGUACACCCUGAAAUCGUCACCGUAUGACGAAGGUGGGCCCCACCUCCUCCAUUUUAUAUAUUAUCUCCUCACAUGGAUCUCCUUGUCUAUCAUAAUUUUUUAUGUGAAGUUCAAUGCAAUUCCUUUUGUGUUUGUAUUGUUGUAAUCUCAUGUUAGGAUUUCUUGUUGUUACUCUAAUUACACAUUAGUAUGAUAUUAUCCGUUUCGGAUCAAGUAUUCUACUCAAGCAAAAAAAGUGUUGCUUUGAUGUAACUCUAAUAUUUUUAAAAAAGAUGGUACUUAUUAAUUUAAAAUAUGGGUAGUAUUUUUUGUUUAAUAAGGACUCUUCCAUGUU